CAGAUUAAUAAAUAUUAGAAAACAAUUAUUUACCGUUUUUAAUGAGAGAAAGUUUUACUGGUAUUGAAUAUGGGUUGUGAGUGGGUUCAUGUGUUGUAUCUGUGACUGUGACACUGCAUCUGAAGGAAAGAGGAUGUGGUGGUUUAAUAGAAAAGGAGCUUCUGGGUUCUCAUCUUCUUCAACUGCAGAACAAGUUACUCAAGGGAUUGAUGGCACCUCUCUUACUGCUAUUGUUACUGGAGCAUCGAGUGGUAUCGGAACCGAAACUGCCCGGGUUCUUGCAUUGCGUGGUGUUCAUGUAGUUAUGGGAGUACGGAACAUGGCAGCUGGGAGUGAGGUCAAAGAAGCAAUAGUUAAGGAAAAUCCCAGUGCAAAGCUUUCUGCCAUGGAAUUAGAUUUAAGUUCAAUGGCGUCAGUCAGGAAAUUUGCUGCAGAUUUCAAGUCAUUGGGUCUUCCGCUAAACCUUCUCAUUAAUAAUGCAGGAGUCAUGGCAACUCCAUUCAUGCUUUCCAAAGACAAAAUAGAACUACAAUUUGCUACAAAUCACAUAGGUCAUUUCCUUUUGACAAAUCUAUUGUUAGACACCAUGAAAAGAACAGCACGUGAAAGCAAGAAAGAAGGAAGGAUUGUAAAUGUCUCUUCACGUCGUCACAAAUUCUCAUAUCCAGAAGGCAUUCGAUUUGAUAAAAUCAAUGAUCAAUCUGGGUACAACUGUCUAUCUGCAUAUGGCCAGUCAAAGCUUGCUAAUGUUCUGCAUGCAAAUGAACUGGCAAGGCGUUUAAAGGAGGAUAGAGUGGAGAUAACUGCAAACUCACUUCACCCAGGCGCUAUUGCUACCAAUCUCUUUCGUCAUCACAGCUUCAUCAGUGGUCUUCUUGGUCUUCUUGGUAAAUAUGUGAUUAAAAACGUUCGGCAGGGAGCAGCAACCACAUGCUAUGUUGCAUUACAUCCCCAAGUUAAAGGUAUUAGCGGUCUCUAUUUUGCCGACUGUGACAUAGCUCAACCAAGUUCUCAAGCUGCUAAUACUGAGUUAGCAAAGAAACUCUGGGAUUUCAGCUUUGGAUUUAAUUAACAGAUGUUCUCAUACUUCUUAGAGACAAAACAAGACAUUUUGGUUAAGAGAUGGCUGUAGCUGUACCUUAUAGACAGGGUCUUAUAAAAUCCUAUCAGAUAUCCAUCAACUAAGUGUGAUUUCCGUUUACCCUAGAGAAUAAUGUUCAUGGUCAUGGCUGCUGCUAAUUGUAUCCUUAGAAUAAUGCAGAGAAAGACGAGCAUCUAAACUAAUAUAGCUUGAUUUUUAUAUUUUGAUCAGAACGGUUCCAACCUAAACGAUGAAGCAUACAUCUCAAGUCACAACACAUUUGAAAAAAAAAAAAAAAAAUUGCCCUCUCAGAAGAUAUCAUAAGAGGAUGGGGCAACCCCAUAUCUUCUUCUCCUAAAAACGGCAUCACAAAUCUUAACAAAUUCAAAAUACUUGCUUUCUCAAAUCGUAUCGUAAGUGAAUAAUGAAACCCCAUUUCUUUCUUUUCUCGUAAAAAUAGCACCACCUGCUGGAACUUAGAACAUUUACAAUAUCUAGUUCAAAGUAUUGACUCCUGAAAACAUGUGUGAGAAAAUACAGAUUCAUGGCAUCAGAUCUCUUCAGUUAACUCAAGGGGUAAUGUACAUAAACGGAAUUCGGAUUGAAUAGUAUGCACAAGAAACAGACCCAGAGGCUCAACAAAUCUGUGAUGAUUGUCUUGUACACAAACUUUGAACCCUGAUUCUGUUCUCCAUCUUCUGUACAGCAGUUUAACCCCAAAAAAAUUAGUCUACAUGCUAAUUAUUGUACCAGCUUAAUCGCUCUUCUUUUGCUAUACGAUGAUCUAAAAAACUGUACUGAAGUCAUAGCAAUUAAUUAUGUUCCUUAAGGAACGGCCAUGCACUGGAUCAUCAGAAGUAAGAAGCCAUCUUCCCCCA